AUGCAAAAUAGAAUCUAUUUUUAUGAUUUCUCUUUAGUCACCAAUUCGUGUGCACUGCUUGACAGUAUCAAUAAUUUUCUCAAUUAUUACACACCAAUGAGUGAUCCCGCAGACUUGUUGAAAGCUGAAUUGGGUAUUGUAUCGAAUACAUCUGAACAUCAUCAUCCUCACCACCAUCAUGAUAAAAUUAUUGUACCGAGUGCUGAAGCAACAAAAGUCGUAACCCAUAAAUCACACUCCGAACCUGAUCACGGCAAAGAUGAGGAUCAUAAAGAACAAAAGCAGAAACAUGUAGAUGAUGACAAAUGA